AUGGGACAAAACCAGGGCAAGGAGGGGGAGCCAGUGCAGGACAACAGCUCUGCAGGACCAGAGGAAAAGGGACCAAGCCCAGACCCUGGGGGGGCAACAGAGGAAGGAAAUCCAACCAUUGAGACUCACGAUGUCGGGACAGAUGAGGAGAAAGCAGCCGCUGGAAGGUUGGAUGGAGGCCCAGGCAGGGAGUCACCAUCACCUACACCCGAGCACAGUUUGGAUUCUCAUGAUAAGGUGUGUGCUCCCACGGAUGCGGGGGUUGUGGAGGGAGGGGAUGGCGAGAAAGUGGGAGGAAGAAAGAGUAGUGAGGAAGGCAGGGCUGAACCGCUGGCUCCACAGCAGACGAAUGGAAUCACACAGUCUGACAGCUGCCUGCAAGGCACAUGGAAGGCUGGUGAACCUGAUCAAGAGAGAAAAGACUCGGAGAGUAUGCUGGAAGACUAUCUAGAACAUCAGGAAAACUUCGGGUGUGACUCACCUGGUAAAGACAGCGUUGAAAGUGCUCACAAAGGAGAAAACAGGAGUAAGAAGAGUGCUUCCGUAAAGGACGAAAUGGAAUCAGUUUGUGGAGAUGACGACAAGCUAAAGUGCCAAGAAGGGGACAGAAAACAAGAUUUUGAUGCUGUGGUGACAAAUGCCUGGCCUACUUGGGAGAUUCUGGAAUGGAAGGACAUUUCAAAACCAUGUGGUGGAGACGCCAACACCAACGUCCACUUUAUGGUUCAAGACAAAGCUUUGGUCAUUACCGAAAAUGUAGAGUUGAAGACCAGCAUGACUGAGUCGCAUAACAAGAGGCCGUUUGACAAGCCCAGCACAUCAAACCUCGUGAUGAACUCACAAAUGGAGACAUCAAAGGACACUGAUGCAAUUCAGCAAGUCAAAGAAGGAAUAAGGGAGAAAUCGCCAGCGAAUCCAGAUGAGGUUGUAACCGAAACUCCAAAAACUGAACAUUCUUCCCAGAAGAACGUCGAAACCCAAGGGCGGUCAAUGAAGGAUGUCUGCGGAGCCAGAGAAAAUGUUAGGCCUACUUGGUGUCAGCCAACAGAUGAUGUCAUGAAGACCAGAUUUACUAGUUCAUUGCUGGCAGGUGCGGAUUUACAAAACAGAGCCGUGCAGAGCCCAGAGGACCUCAGCCCCUUAGAAGUGGCAUCCAAGUCACCUCAGGGUCACACUGAGAGCCAUCGACAAAUACCUGCAGGCGAAUUCACACAGGAUGAGCUUCAGAAAGAAAGGCAAUUUAAUGUGUCAGACUUGGAGAGCCCUAGGACAAAGGAACCUUCACUUGAGAGAUCACCCGCUGGAGGUCAUAAAAAUAAAGAUGGCAUGAGAGAGACUGAAGAAAGAGAAAAUCUGGAAUCUGCUUCAAAGGGUCUCUAUCGUUCCCAUGCAAAGAAAACCGAGAUAAAAGAUCUUUCUCUGCGUGGAACAGAAACGGAAGAGGUUUGUUUUGUGACAACUAAUACUGCCAGUGCAAGUAUGCUGGGUGAAAACAAACCCUGGCCACAAAGCUAUGAAGAUGAGAAAUGUAUUACAUUCUCUGAAGCCAUUACGGAUUCAUACCCCCCUUCUAAAUCUGAUGUUCAAGUUAUGCAAAAAGAUGAAAAAGAGGAUUCCCCACUUUCAGCAAAGGCUAAAGUACACACAGAGAUAAGUCUAGAGAGUCGACAUACAGUGAUACAAACCCUUCCAGAGACGGUGAAGGAUACUAAACAUAGGAUGGAUCUAGAAAGUACAUCUUCUUUAAAUGCUGUGAUUGAUGUAGAAGAUGCUACUAAACAGCUGAGAUUAGAGAGGGAUGCUAACGCUAACUCGGGCGACAUGACAACACCCGAAAGAGACAAGGUCGGCAAGAAUACCAUCAGCUCAAAAACGGAUGCGUGUAAGGAAACAUCUGCAAAUACUUUCAUCUCUGAGCUCAUUGCUGGUCCUGAGACAGCUUCAAAUCCCAUAGAUGACAGGCCGGGCAUGGACAAGAAAACAGAAGUUACUCUGUCUGGUUAUUCUCAACAAGAGCAUUGUUUUUUGAAUAUUUUAACAAAUGCAUCAACCUAUUCCAUUGUAAGCCAGACAGAUCAGGUCCAGGAUGGUUGCAAUGCAGGAUCUACAUUAGCAGACAGUGCAGCGAACACAUCUGUUGCACAAGAUGUGCAACAUUCCUCCUCCAUGUGCAACCUAAUAAGUAUGCAAGCUAACGAGAAACGAGAUAAAGAGCAGAACAAGCUGUCGACACAUGCACAUUUUCAUGUGUUAGACGAGAAACAUAUAAGUCAGCUUGACCUCAAGCACACAAUAGAAAGCGACCUGACCACCGUCAUGGAACCACCGCAGGGUGCACAGAAAAGACAUGUUUCAGAUAUGAUAAAGGAAACUAUUGAGUUGCAGAAGAAGAUGAAGGAAUGGACCAAGCCAGCUGAUGCCUGGGUUGAUCUGACCUUAGAUCCAACGCAGUCUGUGAAAGUAUCACAGAUGAAAGCAGCAUUUGAUCAACCAAAGAAAUCACCUGACAAAGCACUAGAGAGAAAACCUUCAGUGAGAAAAGAUAUGUUCAGACGGGUUGUACGACAGAGUAAGUUCCGGCAUGUGUUCGGCCAGGCGGUGAAGAAUGACCAGUGCUACGAUGACAUCAGGGUGUCCAGGGUCACGUGGGACAGCGCCUUCUGUGCGGUUAACCCCAAAUUUGUUGCCAUAAUCGUGGAAGCCAGCGGAGGUGGUGCAUUUAUGGUCUUGCCUCUUCAUAAGUCGGGCCGUAUAGAUAAGGCAUACCCUACAGUAUGUGGCCACACUGGCCCUGUUCUGGACAUUGAUUGGUGCCCUCACAAUGACCAAGUCAUCGCUAGUGGAUCUGAAGACUGCACCGUGAUGGUGUGGCAGAUCCCAGAGAAUGGUUUGGUGACAUCCUUGUCCGAGCCAGUGGUGGUGCUGGAGGGUCAUUCUAAAAGAGUGGGAAUCAUUACCUGGCAUCCAACCGCUCGCAACAUCCUCCUCAGCGCAGGCUGUGAUAAUGUGAUUUUCAUCUGGAAUGUGGGCACGGGAGAGUCCAUGAUCACCCUGGAGGAUAUGCACCCUGACAUCAUCUUCAGCGCCUGCUGGAACCGCAAUGGCAGUCUCAUCUGCACUGCCUGCAAGGACAAGAAAAUCCGUGUCAUCGACCCGCGCAAGGAGGAGAUCAUUGCGGAGAAGGACAAGGCCCAUGAGGGUGCCAGGCCCAUGAGAGCUAUUUUCCUGUCUGAUGGAAAAGUGUUCACCACUGGUUUUAGCCGCAUGAGCGAGAGACAGCUCGCCCUCUGGGAUCCGGACAAUAUUGAUGAGCCGAUCUCUGUCCAUGAGAUGGACACCAGUAACGGAGUCCUCCUGCCCUUCUAUGAUCCCGAUACUAAUGUGGUCUACCUGUGUGGAAAGGGUGACAGCAGCAUCCGUUACUUUGAGAUCACGGAUGAAGCUCCCUUUGUCCAUUACCUCAGCACCUUUACCACUAAGGAGCCUCAGAGGGGCAUGGGAUACAUGCCCAAGAGAGGGCUGGACGUCAACAAGUGUGAGAUCGCAAGGUUUUACAAACUGCAUGAGAGAAAGUGUGAGCCUAUCAUCAUGACCGUGCCAAGAAAAUCGGACUUGUUCCAGGAUGACCUUUACCCUGACACUGCAGGUCCAGAGGCCGCCCUGGAGGCCGAGGAUUGGUUUGAAGGGAAGAACGGAGACCCUAUCCCGAUAUCCCUGAAAAAUGGAUACGUCCCAGGCAAGAACCGCGAUCUCAAAGUGGUCAAGAAGAACAUCUUAGACAACAAGAUGAGCAAGAAUACAGAGAAUACCGCCCCUGCCACCAAGACUGCCACCUCCACGCCAUCUAUCAAAAGUGAAGCUAAGCUGGACGAGGUUUUGAAAGAAAUGAAAUCUCUCAGAGAGCUUGUCAGCAGUCAGGAAAAAAGAAUUGCCAAACUUGAGGAGCAGUUGUCUAAAAUGGACAUCUAAAGGGGCCCUGCAAUCCCCUCCCCUUCUAUUCAGGAUAUCCCAUUGGCCAGGUGGGCGGGACCCGUCACUGCCAAUCAUCAUGACAGUGUUCCGUCUGAAACCUGCCUUGCAAAGACUCCAACCAACAUUCCAAGAUGAUCAAUUAUUCCUUUUGCAUUCCCAAAAACCUGUUUACACCUCAUAGCCAUUUGGCAAACUUACAAACGUUAUUUCAAAAUUUGACCCGUUUAGCUUUUACUCCAAAUCUCACUCCAAUUCUUUCUGCAAAGGCUGUGUUUUAUCUGGUUUUCUUGAAUGGUCUUAAGUUUUUGUUUUGUUUUUCUUAUUAAAAAUUGUGACCAAGAAAAUUGCAUUAUGAAGCAGUUACAUAAACUUGAUGAGCUCAAGGUUUGAAGCUUCACUAUUGCAGUUCCUCUCUCGCCCUUCUGAGUUGCCAAAUUUAUAGAGGAGUUAUUCACCUCCCUGACAGUAUUUGACUAGCUUUUCUAUCAGUACUUAUAAGGGACAAAGCAAUAUGCUAGUAAUGCAAGGAGAGGAAAUCACUGGAACCAUUUGUCAAUGUUCUAGGUGUCUUUCUAAAGAAAAAAAUAAAGAUUUUAAUCAACCUGGCAAACAUGUAAAAGUUGAAAAUUGGGAAAAGUUUACAAAACAUUACUGGAAAACAAAUACAGGUGCUCUAAAAUAUUCCACUAAAGAUGUUUCUUUGUUAUUCAGGUACCCAUGUAUGUAUAAAAAUAGUAACUAGGAAAAUAAGCGAAAUAAUUCUGGUUCUGGUGGUUGCUAUGAACACAGUUAUUGUGUACUCUUCUCACAACUCCAAACACUUUCUUGAUGGCAGCAGUUGUCCAUCAUAAUGGUAAAUGCAAGCAAAACAUGAGGAUAUGAGCUCAGAAUAGCAUUAGCUUUAGCAGCAAAUCUUGUGUACCGGCUUGAUCGCUUUUACUCUGACUUUGUUCCAGUCAGGCAUUGUUCAGGUCUAAGAAACGGUUAGGUUUGCUUUGCUUUCUAAUUUCCUUCAAAUCUCAUCUUCAGUUGUGUCGUCCAUACCAUCUCAGAAACCAAACUUUCAGUUCAACAGCUUUGUCUGUCUGUACAUGUGUUUGCUGUGCAUUAUAGACCGUGACGACCAGCAAAAUGUGUCAUGACUGACUUCCUUUUCCUAAUGUCAACUUGCGACAAGCUAUGUCUAUGUAAAGAUGUCUACAGCGCUCUCCUAGCCAAGCAGAACCAAUUCUCUCAAGGGGCGGUUCACGUCUAUAGAUGGUCCUUUUUUUUACGGCUGAAUUACGUGUGCCACAAGGUUGAGGUGAUGACAUUUUCUUUUUUAGUUUGGUUAUGCAUUUUUUUCAUUGCAAGAGAGGAAACUGUGAUUCGGCUACAUCCUACGUCAGAAUGUUCUCUUGUGGUUUUCAUGUUGACGCUUCGACAGAUCUCAUUUCUGUAUCACUCCCUAGUGCCUCUUUCUUGGUUCGAAAAAGCACCUUUCCUUCUGCACAUGCUUUUUAGUCUAAAAUAGCCUCCACCUCUCCUCAGAACCAACAGAGUACAAGUUGUUCAUUUCAAACGAGUCUUCAGAUCUCAAUACCUCUGUCAUUUGCAUUUGCUCUUCUUGCUCUCUCUCUCUUUUGGGUGAGGUUUUAAAGUGAAAGGUUUGAAAACGUAGGGACCGUGUGGGUACGGAUGUGCCAAGCUUGAUCAACUUCAGGAUGUGUGAUGAAUCCAUAUUGAGUGUUUAAGUGGCCUCAGGAGGCAUCUGUGAUGCACCGUCGAGUGUGUGGUUUCUAAGGAGCGAAUGAAUAAAGUGAAAAGGGAUUUAAGUAGGUUAAAAAAGAAUGCAGGAAGAAAACUGGAUGGUAGUGAUUGAUUUCGAUGCUUUGUAAAUAAAUGUUUUUAGUUUUCAUUUUCCUUUAUUUUCUUUGGCUGUUUCUUGAGGGUGUUUGUCCAUCAUUUGGAGUUUGAUGAUUUUAAGGAAUCCCCCCGUUUUGCCCCAUCCUUAACAUGCACACUGUGAGCCUUUUAUCUGUCCAAUGAUAAAAUUCGAAAGGAAGGAUAUCUAGAAAUUCAAUUCUGUGCAUAACUCUUCCAUUUUUGUUCAUUCAUCUGCUUUAAGUAUAAAGAGUCUUACCAGGAAAAUAAAAAAAGAAAUAAACAGAAAUUUUGGCA